UUCUAAAUGAUUUAUUGGCCCAAAGUGUUUGAUUCGGUCCAAUUAGAAAUUCACAUUCGCAAGAUCUGGAAUAACCUAGAAUCGAUCGUGUACCAAUUUAGGCGAUCCGGCUUCUCCCUUUACCGCUCAUCUCAGCCAGACGGUCGCACGCUAUAUUGCUCUCUCCGUUUCCAGCUCCUCUUCUUCCCCUUAGUCGGACCGAGGUUUUCUGAUCUGCUAGACUACACAAUCAAGCGCACACUACAAAAAUGAGCGUGGUAGGGUUUGACUUUGGGAAUGAAAGUGGUGUGGUCGCAGUUGCUAGACAGAGGGGGAUUGAUGUUGUACUUAAUGAAGAAUCAAAGAGGGAAACACCAGCUAUUGUCUGCUUUGGUGAAAAGCAACGUUUCCUUGGUACAGCUGGUGCUGCAUCUAGUAUGAUGAACCCAAAGAGUACAAUCUCUCAGAUAAAGAGAUUGAUUGGACGCCAAUUUUCGGAUCCGGAGUUGCAAAGAGAUCUCAAGUCUCUUCCUUUCUCUGUGACUGCAGGACCUGAUGGAUACCCAUUGAUCCAUGCCCGAUAUUUGGGUGAAAUGAAGACAUUCACACCCACCCAGGUUCUUGGGAUGGUGUUAUCAAAUCUGAAGAGCAUUGCUGAGAAGAACCUCAAUGCUGCUGUAGUUGAUUGCUGCAUUGGGAUACCAAUAUAUUUCACUGAUCUGCAGAGAAGAGCUGUAAUUGAUGCCGCCACAAUUGCUGGACUUCACCCACUACGUCUAUUCCAUGAAACUACAGCCACUGCUUUGGCUUAUGGUAUCUAUAAGACAGAUUUACCCGAAACUGACCCACUAAAUGUCGCCUUUGUUGAUAUUGGACAUGCUAGCAUGCAAGUGUGUGUUGCUGCCUUUAAGAAAGGUCAGUUGAAGAUAUUAGCACAUUCAUUUGAUAGAUCACUUGGUGGUAGAGAUUUUGAUGAAGCCCUUUUCCAGCACUUUGCUUCAAAGUUCAAGGACGAAUACAAGAUUGAUGUCCUCCAGAAUGCCAGGGCUUGUCUUAGGCUGCGUGCUGCUUGUGAGAAGCUGAAGAAAGUUCUCAGUGCAAAUCCUGAGGCACCUCUGAAUAUCGAGUGCCUGAUGGAUGAAAAGGAUGUCAGGGGAUUCAUCAAAAGAGAUGAAUUUGAGCAGAUAAGUAUGCCAAUAUUGGAAAGAGUGAAAAAGCCAUUAGAAAAAGCCCUCGCAGAAGCUGGACUUGCUGUGGAAAAUUUCCAUGCUAUUGAGGUUGUUGGUUCUGGAUCACGAGUCCCUGCAAUCAUUAAAAUUUUGACUGAAUUCUUUGGCAAGGAGCCUAGACGUACAAUGAAUGCAAGUGAGUGUGUUGCUAAAGGCUGUGCUUUACAGUGUGCUAUCCUCAGUCCCACUUUUAAAGUGCGAGACUUUCAGGUCAAUGAGAGUUUCCCCUUCCCGAUAGCUAUUUCAUGGAAAGGGUCCGCUCCAGAUGCUCAAAAUGGACUUGCAGAAAAUUCGCAGAGCAGUGUUGUUUUCCAAAAGGGGAACCCAAUUCCAAGUGUGAAAUCUUUGACGUUCUAUAGAUCCGGUACAUUCCAAGUUGAUGUAAACUAUGCUGAUGUCAGUGAACUGCAAGCACCCCAAAAAAUAAGUACAUAUACGAUUGGUCCAUUCCAUUGUGCAAAUGGGGCAGAGCGCUCUAGGGUCAAGAUCAGAGCACGUCUAAAUCUGCAUGGUGUUGUUUCUAUUGAUUCAGCAACACUUCUGGAAGAAGAAGAAGUUGAAGUCCCAGUUGCAAAAGAACCAGAAAAAGAGUCGGCCAAAAUGGAAACCGAUGAUAUAUCUCACACUGAUUCCUCUGGAACUGAUGUGAACAUGCAAGAUGCCAAAGGCACCUCAGAUUCUUCUGCUCCUGAGAAUCUUGUCCCUGAGUCUGGGGACAACCCUGUCCAAAUGGAGACAGAUACUAAGACUGAUGCUCCCAAGAGAAAGGUCAAGAAAACAAAUGUACCAGUCUCAGAAAUGGUUUAUGGAGCAUUGUCCGCAACUGAUGUUCAGAAGGCUGUUGAAAAGGAAUAUGAAAUGGCAUUGCAGGAUCGUGUAAUGGAAGAAACAAAGGACAAGAAGAAUGCUGUAGAAGCUUAUGUUUAUGACAUGAGGAACAAGCUCAAUGACAAGUAUCAAGAGUUCAUAGUUGAUUCAGAAAAAGAGCAGUUCAUUGCUAAACUUCAAGAAGUGGAAGACUGGUUAUACGAAGAUGGGGAGGAUGAAACCAAAGGUGUUUAUAUUUCCAAACUUGAAGAGCUUAAAAAGCAAGGUGAUCCCAUUGAAGAGCGCUACAAGGAGUUCACAGAGAGGGGAACUGUCAUUGAUCAACUAAAUCAUUGCAUCAACAGUUACAGAGAGGUUGCUAUGUCAAAUGAUGCUAAGUUUGAGCACAUUGAAUUAGCAGAGAAGCAGAAGGUCUUGAACGAGUGUGUUGAAGCUGAAGCUUGGUUGAGACAGAAAAGGGAGCAACAAGAUGGGCUUCCGAAACAUGCCACUCCUGUUCUACUGUCUUCUGAUAUCAGGAAGAAGGCUGAAGCACUUGACAGGUUUUGCAGGCCAAUAAUGACAAAGCCAAAGCCAAAACCCGUAGCCAAACCUACAUCUUCUACUGAACCACAGUCGCCACAGACCUCCCAAGAUAGCGAGGUCCAUCAUCAGCAAGAGGGAGGAGGCCCCACCAAUCCAAACCACAAUGUAAAUGAAAAUGCGACAGGUGAAGUGCACAUGGAGACUGAACCAAUGGAAACAGAGGCUGAUUCUGCCCCAAAUGGAACCUAGGUCUUCUUUGCCUUCUCCAUAAUGUGACGAUCCUGGACUGUUUUUUCCUGAGGAUUGAUUAGCCCGAUGUGGCAGUAAUAUAUUCAUUUUUAUGGGCUUUAUUUUAAUUUUGAGCUAUGUACAAGAACUGGAGUUUGUCUGCUUAAACUAUGUCUUUAACUUUAGAUUGUCUCACUAUGAGAAUUUCUGAAGUGGAUUUUGCAUGUACUCUAAAAAAUGGAAUUUAAGAGUGUCUACUAUGAUUAUGCUGAGUUUUUUCUUUUGUCUGACCAAAAAGGCAUUUCCUAGUCCUCUGGAAAUCUUAUCCUGGAAGAAUUCUUUGAUUUUGUUGAGCGUUUUC